AUGAAAAGGAAAAAGAAAAACAUUUCGAGUAAAAUCACUUCUGCGGUGCCUAAGAACUAUAGUUAUGUGUACAAAUACUAUAUCAGUAGGUACACAACGAGAAUAGAACUUAAGGUUCUUUUGUUUGCUAUACUUCUCUUUCGUGUUGGUGAUAUAAUUUCCAUAACCAGGAGAAUUGGAGAACCCGAGACGAAAUAUUCACGGUGUGAUGAAUCCGGCCAAAACUGUGAAAAAACUUCAAUGUCAAGUAGCCGCUAA